AUGAACACGAACAUUUUCUCGGACCUAUUGGCAAUUACAGCUGAUAAUAAGGCAACUUCAACUGGAACAGAACGAGAAAAGAAAAGAGCUGCUCCUUUACCACUUGAAGGUCAAGUAAAAAAGAGUAUGGCUAAUCAUCAUUCAUGCGAAGAACGAGCUUCGAAUAUUACUUCAAAACCUGUUGAACAACCAAAAUUCGUUAGUGCGGCUGAGAUGGCUGCUAAGGCUCGUACAAACAUUCAAAUGAUGCCUGAAAUUUCUGAUGAGGAAUUGCUUGAAAUGGCUAUUAAAUUUGAAAAGGAACAUCCUCAAUAA